GGGCCAGAGGCAGAGCGGGAUCGAGCACCCACCGGCGCCUCCAGGAGACCCUCCCCGGACUGACAGUAGCAACCGAUGCUGAGUCACGGGCUGAGGUGGAUUAAGGUUUCCUGGGGCCCUGGGCCAGAGCAAGGGGGGAUCCCUCCCCCCCCUUCCACCUGCGUCCCUCUCCUGUUCCACUCCUCGGCCUGCGGUCCCGCCCACAGCCCCGCCCCUUUCUGCCCCAUCCCGGGGCCCCGCCCCUGUUCCACCCAUGGCCCCGCCCAAAACUGUCCCCACACUGCAGCCCCGCAACCCAUUCGCUACUUUCUGCCCCCCCCACACACACACACUGUGACCCCCAGACCGGAGAAGCUCUGUCCCACGCCCUGGCCCUGGGGUGCAGCGGGGAGUGAGAGUCCCCCAGCCCUGAGGCAGCGGCAGGUAGCGAGAGUCCUCCCAUCCUGGGGCUGCUGGGGAGGUCCCAGUGCUAAGGCUUCCCCUGCCCCCACCCCCACUUCUGCGGGUCAGAGCGCUGGGGCUUCUCCUGUCCUGCUCUCCCAGCGGCCGGGGCUCUGGGGCCCCCCAGUGUGGGGCGAACUAAGAGUCGGUGUUUCAGCCCCUCCCCCCACCUCAACAGACGCUGGUUCUAUUCCCGCAACGGGAACCGACCCGACCCAGCCUGGAGCGGCGCCAGCUCCCACCCGCCUGGACAGCCCAGAGCCAGCAGGAUCGAGACCUCUGACUUGGGCCAUCAUCGCCGGGAUGAGCGUAGCAGCCGCUGGCCUCCUCCUGCUUCUCUUCCUUGUGGCCUUCGUCUGUUUCAGAAAAAUCCGAGCCACUGUCCCACCCCAGAGGAGCCGCAUCUCAGCACCAGCUGAAGGGUUCCUGUAUAAAGAGCCAUCAGCACCGGGCCUCUCCGGUACAUGGGGUGCCAGGGGAGCCAACCUAUGGAUCAGGAAGAGGAGCCGCACCGAGACUAAGCAGCACCAGCCCUAUGGGGGCAUUAAAGGCGCCGGCUCAGCAAGACCCCCUCUACACCUCCAUCGACAAAGGGAAAGAGACGCAGACCCCGUGAUGAGCAGAGAAAGAGUCCCCUCAGCUCCACCAUCAUGGCCCCGGCAUGAGAUGCUCCCCACCCCCGGCCCCUGCAGCCUCCGGACCUACAGAUCAGCCUGCAGAGACACCACUGACCCACAUCCGCCUGCUCCUGGGUGCUCAGACAUCGGCUGGCUCCCUGUUGCCUCAGUUUCCCUUAACUUCUGCUUAAAGAGCCCCCCUAAGUCUGCUAGUCCCCACAAGUGACACUCUGUACCUCGGGGGGAACACCCUCCACCCCCAUGUUCAUCCUUAUAAUAUGAUGAUAAUAAUAAUAUGCAAAGUUUGUCAUCUCGGGCGUCUUCAGAAGGCUCAUGAUGCACCGAGUAUGGUUGUUACAGUGAUGUUAUAGGUUGUAAUGUCACGUAUGUAGUUAUGAGGCUGAAAAUGUGUCUUCAUAGCUUAAAACAAGCCCAGGCAAAG